AUGAUCACGCGACCGCCGCAAGCAGCGGUCUCGCUGCUUGCUUCUCUCCUCCGACCCUCGGCAGCAGCAUCGAAAUCCAUAAUCCCGCAAUCCUACGUCUGCCCUCCAUGCCGACGACAGCUGCACCGCGGUCUUCCCGGCGACGGCUACAUCCCUGCCCCGACGCCCUUUGUCCCCGACGUGCCCACCUUCCUCAAGCUCAUCGGGCGUGAACUCUCGAAACAUGCCGGCAAGAUCGAGUCCUGGGAGGAACUCUUCACCUUGACGUCGAAUCAGUUGAAAACACGAGGCAUCGAACCGCCCCGGACACGGAGAUACCUGUUACGUUGGCGAGAGAAGUUCCGGAAAGGGGAGUUCGGGAUCGGAGGCGACUUUCGGUAUGUCAAGGAUGGCGUUGCUGAGCUACGAGUCGUCGAAGUGCCCAGUCUGAAAAAGGAUCCCGCAACAGGAGAUCCUCUCUCAGGUCCAGUCACCAUCGGAAGGAGUCCCGGGAUGCAGAAGUUGAUCGUCAACGUGCCCAAUGGGUCUGCCACGUAUCAGUUGCUCCCUGGGCAGACGACCGCAGACUUGAAGAAACCGUAUGGAUUUACGUUGAAAAAUGGUUAUAUUAUCAAGGGCAAGCAGGCACAUCCCAUUGCAGGGACGCAUGGAAGUGGCGUCACAGUCAAGGCCGUUGAAGGGUUGUGGGAGCAUAAGCGAGGGAGGAAGGUGUAUGGUGGUGAGAGGAGACGGGCGGAGACGUUACAUAAGAUGAGAGUGGAGGAGAACAAAAAGAAUGCGAGAUAG